ACACAACAAAACAGACAGACCGAAAAAGCAAUGCACCGACACAUUUAUGUAAAACAGACUCAGUAAUAAAAUCCCUAAUCGUGUCAGUUAGCCGAAAGACAAUUCUCGUGGAAAACUCCAUUACCCAUAAGCGGAGUUGUGACGGCAACAUGUCAUCAGCUGAUUCCUCACAUGACAUCAGGGUUUCAGUGUGGAAGCGGCUAGGGAUCUAGUUAGCCGUGUGGAAAGAGUUCGAAAUACUAAUGUUUGUUUGGCGACUACGAAUAGUCUAAUUAUAUGCGAAGCCGUUUUCGAUGGAAGGUUGUUGGGCAUGGUCCUGAGACCCUAGCAACUGUGAAAAACAGCGAUACGAUUUCCCACCGAGUCCUGUCGAACGAGAACAUCAACCAAGAUGAAGCCAGAAACAAAAUCGCUCUUAAACAUCAUCGUAUUGGGUCUUGGCUUUAUGUUAAUGUUCACCGCCUUCCAGACAUGUGGAAACAUUGAACAAACUGUGAUUAAGAGUUUUAACAGCACAGAAUUCAAUGGAAGUGGGUACACAAGCAUGGCUAUUAUCUAUGGAGUCUUCUCUGCAUCGAACCUAAUUGCUCCUUCAGUGGUAGCCGUCAUUGGUCCUCAAUUGUCAUUGUUUUUCAGUGGACUAGUUUACAGUGGCUACAUUGCUAUGUUUAUUCACCCUUUUACCUGGAGUUUCUACACUGCUUCAGUCUUGGUUGGAAUUGCAGCUGCAGUGCUGUGGACAGCUCAGGGGAAUCUCCUCACCAUCAAUUCCACUGAUUCUUCUAUCGGCCGAAACAGUGGGAUAUUCUGGGCUUUGCUGCAAUUCAGCUUGUUCUUCGGCAAUCUUUACAUUUAUGUUGCCUGGCAUGGGAAGAUUCACAUAUCAGAUAAAGACCGUCAGACGGUGUUCAUUUCACUCACCAUCAUCAGUCUGGUUGGAAACUUCCUGUUCUUCCUCAUUCAGCGGACUGAGCCUGAGGUUGUGUCUACUGAGGGUUCUGAAUCACUACUGCCUGGAGAUGCUUGUGAAAGCAACUCAUCGGUGGUACCACCACAGGGUCUCGGGGCUCAGGCUUGGGUGGCAUUUAAGAAAUCUAUUCAGCUGGCAAUGACCAAAGAAAUGCUGCUGCUAAGCAUAUCCAUCGCAUACACAGGACUGGAAUUAACUUUUUAUAGUGGGGUUUAUGGGACAUGCAUAGGAGCCAUGACCCAAUUUGGUGAUAAUGCCAAAAGUCUCAUUGGCCUUUCAGGAAUUUUCAUUGGUGUUGGCGAAAUACUUGGUGGGUCAGUGUUUGGGAUGCUGAACCAAUGCAAACGGUUUGGAAGGAACCCUGUGGUACUUUUGGGAUUAGCCACACAUUAUUUGGCCUUCUACAUUGUAUUCCUGAACAUAGCUAGUGAUGCUCCCUUAGCCCCAGAGGAGGGCACAAACCUGCAAGGCUUUAUUCCUCCCAGCGUCGAACUGGCAUUGUUCUGCAGUUUCCUGCUUGGCCUGGGUGACAGCUGUUUUAAUACACAAUUGCUCAGCAUCGUGGCCUCCGUAUUUCGUGAUGACAGUGCCCCAGCAUUUGCUGUUUUCAAGUUUGUUCAGUCAGUCGCUGCUGCUCUGGCGUUCCUCUACAGUAACUAUCUCCAACUACACUGGCAACUGCUCAUUAUGGUAUUAGUGGGCUUAACUGGCACUCUCUCUUUCUUUGUGGCUGAAAGGAUGGUGGUCAGCUGCAAAAGAAACUCUGAUUAUGACAGCAUCUAACAAGUCAGAGAGAAUGUGGCACCAGAAGACUUUCUUCCCUCAUUUAUAACUUUAUCCUGCAGUUUGCUGUGUCCUCAGGAUUGAUGUGGAAUGAGAAGUUCUGCAGAAUUUUGUAUUACUCUUUUUUUUUUUUUUUUCCUCUUACUUCAGCUAUGCUCAAAAUCAUGUCUUGAACAGAUACUUUAACCUCCGGUGUUCACAGUUGUAUUGUUUUCUCUUUCUUUCAGCAAGGCUGCACAUAAAGACUUUUUUUUAAGUAUACAAAGCCUUUACAUUUACUAUUUACUUUCUGGUGAUUUAAUUGAAAUUGUCUAAAGGGAAAGGUUUGGGUGAAGCCACCACUAAAUCGUUAUACUAAAAAGGUUGCCAAUAAGUCACAAUUUCAGAAAUACAAUAUAUGACAGAUGUGAGAACUCCCCUGUGAAAAGACACAAAUGAUUCAGAAUCGGAUCACUUUUAGAGAACAGCAUUACUUUUACGUUGAACAGUAGGGUAUUGCUCAGGUUACUAUAUUAAAAACAAGUUUUGCACAGAAGCCCUUGUUUGUGACAUAACACAUUACAAUACCAUUAUCAAUCUUUUUUUUUUUUCUUUCUUUCAUUCUUGCAAUUCUUGUUGGGAAGCGGGAGUCAUGGUUAAGGGCCUUACAUUUCUACAAGCUUAGUGAUCAGUAAUCCAUAGCCUUAACUGUUGAACCUAUAUCAAUACAUUAAUGUUAUUCAUCUGCCAUUCUCAAAAUUUUAAUAGUUUCUUCUUUGUGUGAUUUGGGCAGUGAGAGUAAAUUAUAUAUUAAUCUUUGGUCAAGCUUCUGGAGAGUGGGAGUCAUUUUGUCAGCCAGUAAAUCUGCCAUAGCCACACGCAUUCAGGUACCAUCUAUAAAUAUCUGUCUAUUAAACCGUUGCACUCAUGCAGUCCUAUAUUAUUACACUCCCAUUGCUGUGCUACACUGUUGAGGCUAUGCAGUUACCAUGUUAGUCCUGGCAAGGUUUACACCAAACAUGCUGGAUUCCAUCUGAGACAAACAAAGUAUCCUUGUCUCACUUGACUAAAGAAUGUGUUCCUAUAUUCAUCAGGCUUUUUUAGUUUAAUCUUGGAGUUUUCUGCACAAGAGCAAGCUAGGAUGUUUCCUUAUACUCCAUGCAUUGCUGUCUGAUUUUUCACAGAAACUCUGAUUUCCAUUAAUAAAUUACUUGUCAAUUUAGAAAUUAAGCAAUUGUUUAAAUCACCUGCAUUCGAUUAAGCCUGCACAAAUUUACUUACUUUUGUUCUAUAUUGUAUUUCCAGCCAACAGAACAGCAUAUAGUCAUAUGACAACUGUCUCAAUACAAGUUAUACAACUAUAGCAGUACAGCAAUUUCCAUCCUUAUAAAGAAACAUUUUUAAUUUACAUAGUAGAACCCAGUCCUUACAGAGAACUGAUAUAAUUCAAUAAUUGCAGAGAUAUGUUACCUAAAAUUGAACAUGUAUUCUUUUAAAGUUUUUUUUUGUUUUAUACUUUUUUUUUUAUUCUAUUAUCAUAAGAUGGUAUACUCAUCCAAUGUAAUGCAAACCAUUUUUAAUAUAUUUUAUUUGGGGAAAAUACAGAACAGCAAUAUUGGAUCUUUCUGUAAAGUAUACCUCACCAAAAUGUUUGAAGUGAAGGUUCAAUGAUCUGCAUUUUGUCAGAAUUUAUUGGGAAACACUACAACAACUGGAAAUGCACAAAACAUUGGAGGAAUGUGUCUAGUGUCUAGUGUCUGAAUAAUAUGAGCUUUCUGUUGAAUGGAACACUUUAGCAUUGUAAAUUUGACACAGGUAUCGAGUAGGACCUUACCUACAGACGGGUGGCAACCUAUGGACUUUUUCUAUAAUAGGUCUUUGUUUACUGGGAUGCACUGUAUAUAACCAGUUCUGCUUUAAUUUAGAGCAGUUUCAUGGAUUUUUAUUUUGUAGGCUCUACAGCUGUUUACCUGAAUCAUUUUUAGGCCUACUAUAAACCAUUGAUCAUGUAUAAUGCCCGCACACACAUAAAUGAUUAAAGUUUAUUUUACACCGUU